GAGUUGGGAGGUAUAACUAUUUGGUUCUCUCACACAAUGGCAAGCUUUCGUCUCGUUUCUGUAACCUGGUGACGAGACAACCCCACUUGUGGAAUUUUGAAUGUAAAGAAAAGAAAACAUUUAGUUUAUUUGUUAGAAUCAUAGCAGUGUUAGGAUCAAGCAACGACCGUGUAUAAAACGUGCUCUCAAUAAACUUUAUUUACUCAUAAUAAUCUUAUUUGACUACAGUCUGAACCUUGUGAAAAAAAAAAAAUCCCUUUGUACUCGACGUAUUCAUAAUCUGAAUAAUUAAAAACCGUUGAUUAUCAUAAUCAACAAUAGCCUCCCUCAAAUCAUCUGCCACUUUUUGUGAGGAGGGUAAAAGAAUUUUAAAAAAAAUAAAUAAAUAAUCGAAAUCCUGGUUGCUAUUGGAUAACAAUACGGAACAAUUUUACUCAACCUGUAACAAAAUGUUGUAUUACACAAAGAAGAAUAAUUUAUGUAAAUUUUAGAAUAGUGAUCAGUGGUAAAUACAACAAUAAUCGACUUGAAAUUUAAAUUAAAGACUUUUAUUUAACCAAAUGUAAAUCAAUGUACGUGUGUGUUUGUGUAGGGGUGUUAAAACGGAAAAGAUCUGAGGGAAAUGUUUUUUCAUAACACUUUUUUGCGCUAUGAACACAGAUUUGGGGUAAUUUUAAAAUGAAUAAGGAGCAAAAAGACGAGAUAACAAGUAAUGAAUCUCUCGAAUCCGACACCUUUGACAGACUGCACACGAAAAUGGACGAAAAUAUUGUCGGCGAUCACGAAGUCGGUACAUCAUCAGCACUGGAAAGUCAGCAGCAGAUGUCACAAAGUUUUUCUUGGACUAUCCACAAUGUCGCAAUAUUGGCAUCACUUUGUGUUGUCGUCGUUUUAUCAUUUGCAGCGCUUUCCAUGAUCGCUCCAUUUUAUCCACAUGAGGUAAGUUUUGUUAUUAGAGAGCAAUUCAUAGCAUUUCACAUAGGAUAUGUACCCAAAAUGUUUAUCACGACCUAGCCUGCGGAACAGGCGGAUUAACGGGGCAGAGAGCCAAACGCGAUACACGAGCGCGAAGCGCGAGACGAAAAUAAAUCGAUUAUUUCCGUCUCGAACUUCGCGCUCGUGUAUCGCGUUUCGCUGUCUGCCCGCUAAUCCGCCUGUUCUGCAGGCUAAUCACGACCAAAUUGGUCAUAACCGGAAAAUAAGAUAUUUUGUGGUAAAAUAUGCACAUUUGACGUGCGGAAAAUUCAUCUGUUACAAUACUCUACGGCUCAUAACUGAGACCUACAUGUAGCUAGGAGAACCUGUACUUACGAGUUUAGUUUUACGAACUUUGACUGUAAAAAGACGGCGCAAAUGCAUGUCGACGAAAAAAUAUUUAGAGACCUAAAGCGGGGUUGUUUCUUACAUUUCAAAUCUUCUGCGAAAUGUGAAAAAACACGCUUCAAAAUCCCGUGAAACCAGAAAAUCACACAGCAGAACAAAAUUAAUUUUCUACCGUUUUACCAAAACAUUUAUCGAAAAAAUGAAAGAAUGAUAUUUAAGAGGACUGUUUUAUAAUGACACAUUUCUAGCAAUGACACGUGUUCAGUGAAAAUGAUGUUUUGUCACAGAAAAAUAAACUUCUCAAAUUCUAAAGCUUUAAAAUUGAUUUUACCUUGACCUGUUGUCAUGACAUUUCAAGAAAAAUAACCAGCUGAAAAAUUGCAUAGUUAUGGUUAAAAGGUCGUGUGCUGCCACAAAAAUCGUACAUUUUUUUUUACAAAAUUCAUCAUAGUUUGAUGUCAAAGCAACCGCCCUCUGCAAACUUGACGUAGAAACCAUCUAAACUUAAUUAACACAAAAUCCAAAAAUAGUUAUAGUACAUGGUACGGCUAUCGACUAAGAGGCUUAACUAGGUGUUUUCCAUUCGACCAAAGCGUACAAGCGGUACACAAAGCUCCUGGAAACGUUUCCAAAAUGCGAACUAUUCAACAUGGAAGGCAAAUUCUCCGUAAACGUUUUUGAGAAUUUUAUGAUAUACCUCGUGAGGUUGUCCUCUUUGACAAGAACGUCCAGAAAAUGGUGUGUUCCAUUCUCCACAGCUGAAAACGUCCGGAAACUGAUACUGAUACGUCUUCUUGCUUUAAUUACUUUACUCCAACAGGCAAAAUCUAGAGGAGUAUCUACCUCUGUGGUGGGUCUAGUCUUUGCAACUUAUCCACUCCUGGUCUUCAUUUGUGCUCCUAUCUGUGGACUCCUGAUAGCAAAGUAUGGCCCUAACAGAGUUCUCUAUUUUGGUAUAUUUACUGGCGGGGCAUCUUUGACCCUGUUUGGCUUUGGUGCCUGGAUUUCUAGUACAACGGAAUUCAUCGUCUUAAGUUUCCUGUUGAGGGCGCUUUCCGCAUUGGGAGGAGCUGCCUCUGAAACUUCAGCCAUGUCUAUUGCGAUAGAAGAGUUUCCAGAAAGAUUAGGAAUGGCUUCUGGCUUCAUAGAGACGUUUGUAGGAGUUGGAUUAUCUCUUGGACCAGUCUUUGGAGGAGGUCUCUACACAAUUGGUGGAUUUGAACUUCCGUUCUUCGUAAUUGGUUGUUCCAUGGUCGCUGCUAUCCCCGUAUUAUUAUGUACGCUCUCAAGUCGAUCAGACGAAAGUUCUGAUCAAAGGGAGGCUUUAUAUCCGAUAGUCGAGUCCGUAAAAAUUCCCGCUGUGUCGAUGCUUGGUGAGUCUAUUAUCCACGUGUUAUGUAUGCAUUAA